CGGAGGGUUUAUAUUCCUGCUCAGACUCCAGCCUCGGUCAGAUCCAGCUCUGCCUGCAGUGCAGACUCCACUUAGACUGCUCAGAUAUUCAGAAUCAGGAGCUGCAGAGUUAAAGGCUUCAGGAUCUGCUGAAGAGGACGUCAGUGCAACAGCUGGAGCCAGUCCGAUGGCUCCUUCCAGAAGCUUGUUUCUGCUGCAGCUCCUCGGCUGCAUCAGCGCCGGCCUGGCCUGUUUCUGUGAACGAUACCAGUGGAGCUCCUGGUCCAGCUGCUCCAGAACCUGCAACCACGGCACCCAGCAGAGGCAAAGGCAGUUUAGGUUCGACGAUUAUUACUGGAAGAGCAGCUGCCACCAGCUAUGUGACAGGGUGGACACUAGGGCCUGCAACGAUCAGGCCUGUCCCAUCAACUGCCUGCUGACUGAGUUCGGUUCGUGGUCCGAGUGUUCGCCGUGCGCCAAGAAACAGCUUCGGACCCGGUCCGUCCUGAGACCCUCCCAGUUCGGCGGCUCGGACUGCAGCCCGGAGCUGACGGAGGAGAGGCCUUGUUUCCCCUCCACAGAGUGCAGGUUGGCGGCCGUCGAGUGCAGAGACGACUUCAAGUGUGACAACGGUCGCUGCAUCAACUCGACUCUGACGUGCAACAAGCAGAACGACUGUGGAGAUAAUUCUGACGAGAAAGACUGCGGCAACGUACAACCCGUGUGUCCAGUUGAGAAAGCGGUGGCUCCCGGAGCCGACCUGGUGGGAAACGGGUUCGACGCUCUGGCAGACGAACCGAGGGGAGCCGUGCUGGACAACAUGUUUAUGGGAGGAAGCUGCAUUAUUAGGAGGCCUAAGACCACCUUGCUGUACCAUCGGGUUCCCUACAACUUUGAGAACUUUGAGAUCAAGGUCGGACAAGUAGAGGACUUCAGCAUCGAGCCACAGCAGCUACACACCGAGCCCAUCGAUUUCCAGGCGUCCAGUUCAUCACCUGACAGCCACACGGCAUAUGACAGCAGCUUCCUAGUCCCCAUCUUCUACUUCAAUAGGAGGAGUGGGUCACAGGUCAGCUCUCACAAGGAGGCUUUUGAAGCUUCAAAGAAAAAGGACUCCAAAUUUUUCCGAGUACAUCAGGUUCUUCCACUGUCCACAUUCAAGGUGAAGGAACCAGGCGAUCUCGUCCUGUCCUUGCCUUUCCGCCAGUUCCUUCACGCGCUCCCACUCGACUACAACUACGCCCUCUACAGGGACAUCUUCCAGCGCUUCGGGACGCACUACUACGGCUCAGGAACCCUUGGAGGCCACUAUGACCUGCUGUACCAGUACAGCCGAGAGGAGCUCAAAAGUUCAGGUGAAACCGAAGAGCGCAUUAGAGGCUGCCUGAACCGAGAGACCAGCUGGUCCAUCAUCCUCUACUCCCAACAUAGCAGCGCAAACCGGUGCUCCGACAACAGGAUGACUCAGAAAUAUCAAGGUUCGUACAUUCAGUCAGCAGAGAAGUCUUUCUCUAUGGUGAAAGGAGGUCGGACCCGAGAGGCAGCAGCUCUGGCCUGGGAGAGGCAGGGUUCCACUCCGGACAAAAAAUCCUUUAAGAACUGGGCCAUGUCUGUUCUUGAAAACCCUGCCGUGGUCGACUACAAGCUGCUUCCCAUCAUAGAUCUGGUUCGGGGGAUUCCCUGCGCUGCCACGAAGAGGAGGCACCUGAGGAAGGCCCUGCUGCAGUACCUGGAGGAGUUCGAUACCUGCAAAUGCUCUCCUUGUCCCAACAACGCCAGGCCGGUCCUGUCCGGCACCGAGUGCAAGUGCGUUUGCCAGACGGGAACCUUUGGCACCAACUGCGAGAUACGAGCUCCUGACUACACUUCAGAGGCUGUGGACGGUUACUGGAGCUGCUGGAGGCCGUGGACUCGAUGCGGAGCCUCCAUGAAACGAUAUCGGACCAGGCGGUGCGAUAACCCCGCCCCCCUCAGAGGAGGUCGACCCUGCGCCGGGCCGAGCAGACAGGAAGAACCCUGUCACAUCUCCAUCUUCCAGAAACAGGAGACUUGUGACGGCGACGACGACUUCACCGUCGGCUGGAGGGACGAGCUUCCUCCCGGUGUUCAGGGAUGUCUGAGGCCACAAAAACCAGCCAACAGCUUCCUGAGGAAAGCGAAACAAUAUUAUAGCUUCGGCGAGGACGAGGAGUUCGAGUGCUUCACUGGAUUCGAACUGGAGGGUUUCCAGUUCAUCAACUGUCUGCCUGACGGGACCUGGAGUCAGCCGAGUGGAAAAUGCAUCAGGAAGAUCUGUCUUCCUCCGGACGUCCCAGACGGCAUGACGCUGGUCCCCAGCAAAGAGGAGUACAAAGUGGACGAGUCUGUGGGUGUGAACUGCGAUCAGGCCGGUCUGUCUCCGCUGCCUCGAGGCUUUUAUAAAUGCAGCGACCGUCUCACCUGGGAGCCUCCGUUACCUGCCGACCUGCGCUGCACCAACGACGAACCAUUUGUUCCCGAGGCUCAGUGUGGUCCAGGAGAGAGGCUGCAGGGAUCCACAUGUGUUUGUAUCCAGCGGGAGAGCUGCCUCUCUCAACCGGAGAAUCUCUGCAUCCUGAACUUGGACGUCGGCGUCACCGUGUCGAUGUCGCUCUGCUCCUUCCACGCCGGUCGUUGCCACGGUGACCCGCUCUUCUUCGUCAGCAACGGCGCCUGCGGUCCGGCCGACCAGGCCAAACUGGAGUGGGCCAAGUUCAGAGCCACGAUGUCCUCCAGCAGCUCUGUGCAGGAGCCCUGUGAUCUGGACACCUGCUACGAGUGGGAAACCUGCUCAGUGUUGAAGGAGUGCCGGUGCAGAGCUGCCCGGGAUUGUCCCAAAGUGAAAACCCACAUGUUCUGCGUGAACCUGAUGAGAACCCAGCGGAAUCGCACCUUGGAUCUCUGCACUAUGACCGCCUUCAAGUGUGCAAGUUAUCAGUUGCAAAUCGUCAACGAAGGCGUCUGUGCGUCCACAUGAUCCCAAUGACGCUGAACCAAAAAAGUGCUUAAAAAGUAAAGGCUGCUGGAGAAACUGUGAAAAUCACUACAGGCUUUAAAAUACAUUCAUGCUAGAAUUACUUUGUGUGCAUCAGAACGACAGAUUUAGAAACGUUACAUUUAUGAAAGCAAACAGACAAGCAGGUGUGUCGCUGAAGCAUCAAACACAAAGAGCAGGUGGUUUGUGGGUACUUUCACUUUGCUAUUUUCCAAACAGACACUAGAUGGCAGCUUGAGGCAGCAAAGUGACGCGACUUUAACUCGACUCUCGGCAGAUUUUGAGGAGCCUCUGAUUGCAGAUCACAUUUAUUUUUCCUAAAGAAAAUGUCUGGGACUCGGAGUUGGAACGUUUCUGCAGCUUGGAUCAUCAUGAAGCUCCUCCCAGUUGAGUCUAAAUGUUCAAACUGUGUUACGAAAUUUCUGCUUUUUCAAUAAAAGUUGACAGUUAAA